UAUAAUUGGAAGCAGCGUGGUCAAGGGCACCGGCUGAACGAGACAGAUAGGGAGGAAGCAGCAAGGAGAGGAACCUCGUGUCAAAGCCAAAGGCUUAUUAAAGGAAGAAGUCUGUCGUUUUGAGCUGUGUUGAAGACAAGGAACAGUGCUGCCUUUCAAGUUAGCUGCAAAGGAAACCCCGUGGAUAUUUGGAUAAGAGAUUGAUGCAGCAAUGGACCAGGCAAGGUCAAAGAUAUCCAAAAUUUUUAACGGAGAGCCACACUCCUACACGCGUUUCAACCUGACCCAGAACAUGGAAGGCGAUAACAGCCAGGUGGAGAUGAAGCUGUCGUCUGACAUAGACGAGGAGGCCGGGGAAAAUGGUGUGGGAGACAACCGCAAUCACAACUCCAACCGCAAGCCCUACGUGGCUCAAAAGCUUGGACGCACACCGAAGAACCUCUGCUUCAUGGCCGCCGCUACCCUCCUUAUCUUUAUUAUCGGGUACUUGAUUGGCUACUUGGUUCAUCGGAAGAAGGACUUGGCUCCCACCUGUGCAGCCUCCGUGGUUCGUUUUGAUGAAGCUGUUGCCCAUGAGACGGGUGCUGCAUCCCUCAUGGACUGGGACGAUGUCAAAAAGCUCCUCGCUCAAAAAGUCACUGCUGCCAAAUUUGAACCUGUCUUUCGUGAGUUUUCCAGUGCCAACCACCGGGCUGGUUCUCCAGAUGAUGAUGCUCUGGCGAACAAGGUGAUGAAGAAGUUUAAAGAGUAUGGCAUGAAAAGCUGGACCGAUGAGCACUUUGUUAAGGUUCAGGACCCCCCAGCUUCUGGCUCCAACAGAGUUGUUUUCAAGAAUGGGAGUGCUAUGCGUCCAGAGGGAUUCCUGUCCUACAGUGCCACUGGAGAAGUAACGGGUGCUGCCUUGUAUGCACAUUACGGGCAGGAAAAUGAGUUUGCAUUGCUGCAGGACAAGAGCAUCAACCUGACUGGCAGGGUCAUGCUGGUCAGAGCUGGUAGGAUCAGCUUAGCUGAGAAGGUAGCAAAUGCUGCCAAAAUGGGUGCCUCUGCUGUGUUGAUCUACCCAGACCCUACUGAUUACUUGAUUUCAGACACAACUCCGCUCUUUGGACAUGUCCACAUGGGUUCAGGGGAUCCCUACACCCCAGGCUUCCCCUCCUUCAACCACACCCAGUUUCCACCUGUCCAGUCUUCAGGCCUCCCAAAAAUCUUGGCUCAGACCAUUACAGCAAGCAUGGCUAUAAGCAUUCUGAGGCAGCUCGGGGGUCAGGAUGUGCCGGCAACGUGGGGUGGCGUCAACAAACUGGGAGAAGAGAGCGAUCUUAUUACUGUGGAUGUCAAAAACAUUCUUACUGAGAAAAAGAUAAAUAAUGUCUUCGGGGUAAUCAAAGGCUUUGUGGAUGCAGAUCGAUAUGUGGUUAUCGGCGCCCAGAGGGAUGCAUGGGGUCCAGGUUUUGCUGCGUCUACAGUCGGCACCAGCGUCCUCGUUGAGCUUGCACGUUCCAUUUCAGAGAUGGUGAAGAACGACGGAUUCAAACCAAGGAGAAGCAUUGUGUUUGCUAGCUGGAGUGCUGGGGAAUAUGGGAGUGUUGGCGCCACCGAGUGGUUGGAGGGUUAUGUUUCCUCUCUGAGUAUGAAAGCCUUUUCCUACAUCAACCUGGAUAGAGUUGUAACAGGACAGAAAGGAUUUAAAGUGGCAGCCAGUCCCUUGAUGCACAGCCUGAUUGAGAGCACUCUGAGCGAGGUGAAGUCCCAAAACAAGGCUGAGACUCUUUCUUCUCGAUUUGCAAAGGGCAACUUUGAAACAAAUGUGUUGGUGCCUAUGACGUUGGAUAAUGCUGCAUAUCCUUUCCUUGCCUUUUCUGGCAUUCCCUCAGUCUCAUUUGGAUUCACCUCUGAUAACUCACCCUACCCUCAGGUUUCCAAGUUCUUUGGCACAAAGCUGGACACCCGGGAGAAACUGAACAUGGUCACAGACAACCAGGUUUCUCAGCUGGCUGAAAUAGCGACCCGGUUCGCUGGUCAUAUGGCACUGAGGCUGGUGCAUGAUCAUCUGCUGCGGCUGGACGUGAUGAAAUACGACAAGAUUAUACGUACUCGCGUGGCUCAGAUCAACGUGAAAGUCAUUUCUGUUCAGAAAAUGCAGCCCAGGCUGUUGCCCAAGGACCUGACAAUGCAGUGGUUGUUUUCGGCCUCUGGCUCCUACGGUCGUGCCUCUCGCAACCUGGCAUCAGACAUCCAGAACAGUGACCUGGAGGACAUCGAGAUGUGCCGUAUCAUUAAUGACCGCAUAAUGGCGGUGGAAAGGAACCUCCUGUCGCCCUUUGUGUCUCCCAGAGAGAAUCCUUUCCGCCACAUCCUGGUGGGCUCCGGAUCUCACUCUCUCAAGGCUCUGUCCGACCACCUGGAAGCCCUCAGGACGGCCAACCCCGAGGCAGACGCCAACCUCUUCCGCAACCAGUUUGCCCUGGCGACCUGGACCAUUCAGGGCUGUGCCAACUCACUAGCAGGGGACGUCUGGUCUUUGGAUAAUGAAAUCUAAAAAGUAAUUUGCCCCUCCUCCCUUGUUCAUAAUUUGGCCCUCUUAUCACAACUGGCAGUGUGAAAACUAGUAGGCAGUGAUGAUUAAGUUAAUUUAAGCGGAUUGAGGAAAUGCGGUCAAUCACAUCCCUUCCAUAAUUUUCAACAUUUGAGUGAUGAACUCCUCGCCUGUCUUUCUGCAAUUCUACAUAAAGCAAAACCCUAAUGAUAAAAAUGUACUUAAGCAAAGAGUUGGCAAAAAAGUUUAGUGGGUCAUUUUGCUCUUUUUUUUUUUUUUUUUUGUCCACUUUGGAAAGACAAAAAUCUUCAAUCAUUUUAAUGUGGUAUUUAACUGCAUUCUGAUUACUUUGGUGCUAGUAGCAACUACCUUGAAAGGGCCAUGUUAUCUGGCCGUACUACUUAAAUUAGUGUUACCCUAGUUGAAUGCAGUGAAAUUGAGGUCUUUUCAGCACAGUAUCAGGUCACCUCACAAGCUGCGUUUGCAACCUCAGAGGUGAAUAAAACACAAAAGGCCGAUAAUGUACGAUAUUAUAAGCUGAUGACUUUCCAUCUGUUUACCAUAAUCAUUACAAAUCAAAACUGCUGAUAUUUCCAUUGCUGCUCUAGCCUCGUGUUCAAACCUGAGCCGGUUUGUAUUGGUAGCUAUAAUUCAAACGGUGCUGAAAUCUGCUACUCAACUCAUUGUCAGAUAUUCAGACGUUACUUUAAAAAAAAUAAAAAAUAAAUAAUGACUCAAGAUGAAUUAACAAGAACAUGUGUUGCACAGAACACACCUAGAAAUAGAUUUUGGACAAUCGGCUGUUACAUGGCAUCGUUUAACACGCUGCAUUAAUCCUUUAAGAACGGUCCUGAUUAAAUGCAACAAAUAAAAAAAAAAAGUCAGAAAUCUCUGUAUGCCUUUUCAAAAACCAAGGGAGAAGGUCUCCAACCAUGUGGCACUGAAACAGAACGUAUGUCUAUUUAUUGUGUUAUUUAUUUAUCAGUGGCAGGGUUCACUAUAAAUAUUUUUUUUAAUUGCCUUUUAUAAAAAAUAGUGUAAUUAUCGGGAGCAGUGCCUUCCAUAAUUAUGACAGUUAUACUGUCGAAAUGACAAAAGCAGCAUCUGCUUAAAAGAAGUGUACAUGUUGAACGACGGCCAGUACUGAACAAUCGCAGAACCCUGCACAACUCUGAGGUGUUUUUUUUUUUUUUUUUUAACUGACAGGAUUGGUCUUUUCAGGCAAGGCUAGCUCACAUAUCACACCCUGGGAAAUAUUUACACCUCUGGCUGUCAGUACUGGUCCUUUGGUACAUGUGCACCUCUUGUCCUGACAUUAUCGGGAGCAGUGUCUUCCAUAAUGUGGAAAAAAAGAAGGUAGUUUUUGCCUACCACUGUGUGUCCGUAUCGGAGGCAGUGCCCUCCAUAUUUCACUGUAGGAGUGGAUGUUUUUAUUAUCGGGAACAGUGUUUCCCAUAAUGUGUGUAUAUAUAUACAGUGAAUUGCUACACAGCGCACAUCACGUCUGCAUCUUUAGAUCCCUUCUAUGAUGAUUCCAUGCUAAUGUAAUUUCCUCCUAAAAAAAGGUUUUAACAUCAGCUCUUCUGAAAACAUUUCCCAUCUGCAUCAUUAGUAAGGUAAAGAAGCUGUCUUUAAAUUGUUCUGGGUUUCUUUAGCAAGCCUUUUUGUCUCAUUUUAAUCAAAUGCUGAUAAUGUGUUGUCUUUUCUUUGGGCUUCAUGAUAUGGAACAGAUAUGAAAUGUGUUUGGGAGCACUGGUUGUAGUGAAAAGAUCACCACUUACUUCUCAAUAAUGGGUUUUGUUUUUGAUGAUUCGGUCAGUGUGAAAGUACAUUCUACCUUCUAUUUUGAUGUGUUCAUUCAUUGUUGUUGAGAGAUUUUCUUUGUGCCUUCUUGUUUCAUGACUGCAUUUAGAGCCGAGUUUCUACAUACAGUACAAUACUGAGUGGUUUUGGAGGAUGUGUUGUAUGGCUUGUUUUUUGUUUAGUUUUGACAUUUCUUUCAUUUUUCCCCAGUUGUCUGCUAGAAUUAAAAAGUUGCACCUUUUUAGAUAGUUACAUGUAUGAAAGUACAAAAUCAAUGUAAAUGGGCUUUAAGAGUUACACACUGAAUGUUACAGAAGUUAGCAGAUCAGCUAAAGGACCUCGUUAAGUCUGUUCACUAAAUGUUUUUUUUUUCCAUUUUAUGAAAUGCCUCAGCAGAAUUUAAGAUUUGUUUCAGAUCAAUAACUAUUAUAAAAUGAUCUAUUAACCAUUCAUAGUUUGAAUGCUAAAAGUGAUCUGCUGGUCUGUAAUAAGGCAUGUGUUGGAAGUUACAUUGCUAAUAUUGGAAUCUUGCUGAGAUGCAAAAAAAUUGUCUUUUGGUGGACUUUUAAAAUUCCAACAAUAUGGAUAAAUGUUUGGAAAUUGUUCAAAUAAUGCUUUUUAUUUUUUAUUUUUUUUCUCCUCAAACUGUACACAUUUGCUUUGCUUCACUUUUUUGUUGCUGCAAUAAACGAUCACAUCACA